AUGGCAACCGGUAGCCUACUGAGCUACCUAGUGAUUGUACCAGUGCUGUUAGCUUGCCUGUUGUUGGACCGAUCGAAACAGGAAGACCCGAGUGCCGGUGAUCUUGGAUUCGGUUUGGAACUGAUUCUUGCCAAAUUGGAUGAACUAAACCUCAGGAUCAUGACCUUAGAACAGCAGAAUCAACAGCUAGCUGAAAUGCUGAACAAAACCAUGGGUUGCAUAAAAACUCCAACAGCAGAUCAACCCAAAAUUGGUGUGAAAUCUGAUCAAAUCAGUGCGUCCAGUCAAGAAUUUGACGAAAGCAAAGUGCACAGAUCAUGCUCGGAGGUUCCUUCCGGAAAAGCAGGUCAAUUUUUGCUCCGUCCUACGGAAGACGCACAGCCGUUCAAUGCUUCUUGCAAUAAUACCGACGGAAACGGGUGGAUGGUCAUACAGAAUCGUUUCGAUGGUUCGGAGGAGUUUUAUCGAAACUGGACCGAUUACAAGAAUGGGUUCGGAAGGCUGGAUGGUGGUGAGUUUUGGUUUGGCUUAGAGCGGAUUCAUCAGUUCACCGGCAGUCGCCGGCAUGAGAUAAUGUUUGAGCUAGAGGAUGCUGGCGCGAAAGUUGCCAAUCCUAGGUAUAAUCCGUUUGCUAUUGGUAGCGAAAUGGAAGAUUAUAAACUGAAGGAGUUGGGUUCGUACACUGGCAGUGGUGGUGAUUCCUUUGGAUAUCAUCAGGGAAUGAGAUUUUCAACGCCUGAUCGUGAUAAUGAUGUACAUACGUUGGACUGUGCAAAAAUGUAUCACGGCGGAUGGUGGUAUAAAAAUUGCUAUCACAGCAACCUAAAUGGCAAGUACACUAGUGGAAAAUUUGAUUUCGAGUCUAUGUGUUGGAGCUCAUAUACCGGAGGUCACGUAGGUUUAAAGCGCUCCAAGAUGAUGAUAAGAGAAGUUUGAGUUGUGGCCUCGAUUCACCUGGAACUUUCUUCGAAAACGGAAAAAUUUGUUGAUAAAAUUGGGAAAAUA